GCCUGUUCCAUACAGAGAAAAUCCAAAAUCUCGGCUUCACGGAAGCUGAUGCUCAAGAGCCUGAUGGUGGCCAGGGCCAAGGAGGAGCUGGAGCAGGAGACAGUGGACAAGGAGGAGGAGAAGCAGCGCUACCUGGAGGAGAAGGCCCCUGCCCUGCAGACCGGCAGCCUGUCCAUGGCACAGCUACAGGACCUGUGCCGGGAGCUCCACGCCAAGGUCGACGUGGUGGACGAGGAGAGAUACGACAUCGAGGCCAAAGUCAUGCACAACACCAGAGAGAUUAAAGACCUGAACAUCAAGGUGCUGGACCUGAGGGGCAAGUUCAAGCGGCCCACCCUGCGACGGGUGCGUGUGUCUGCGGACGCCAUCUUGCGCUCCCUGCUGGGCUCCAAGCACAAGGUGUCCAUGGACCUGCGCGCCAACCUCAAGUCGGUCAAGAAGGAGGACACAGAGAAGGAAAAGACAGUGGAGGUGAGCGACUGGAGGAAGAAUGUGGAAGCCAUGUCAGGUAUGGAGGGCCGUAAGAAGAUGUUCGAUGCCGCCAAAGGACCUGCACAGUGAACAGGACAACAGAGUGGAGGACGAGGGGAAACAAGGACAUUUACAACAAUAUGCCCCCAUGACAAAUGGCAAGGACAUUUUACAUUAUGCCCCCAUGACAAAUGCCCCUGUGCCAUGCCGUGUGUCAGAUCAAACCUGUUGACUCUAAUUACAGUGUACUGAAUUAUGCAGCAGAAUUACAAAUCCACCACUAGCCUCAUUCUAGGACUCUGGGUUACUACCAGAUGUUGUCAAAUAAUUAGUUAACUAUGUAAAAUUCCCACGAUAUAAAAGAUGAUUAUAUUUGUACUUAUGGGACUGGAACCCCAGUUUGUUAUGUUUGUUAAGGAAUAAGGGAUGUUAUCAAAGGAUUUUAUGAUGUUGUUUACUUGUGUAUGAGUAUACCCAAUUUUGAAGUGACAUUCUAAUAAAGUCGUUCCAAAGAUU